GGAAGCAGCGUUUGUUGUUCUUCCUUCUGUUUCCGAGACGUUCAGGGUCUGAUCGGCUUCAACAGCCGUGUCUGCAUGUCUCUACCAAUUAUUCCCUCUGUACAUCGUUUUAUACCGCUCCCGAAUGAAGAUUGAUAGGUAUGCCAAAGGAAAAAUAUGAUCCUCCAGAUCCCCGCAGAUGUUACACCAUCAUGCCAGCGGAGGAGGUGGCCAAUGGGAAGAAGUCUUACUGGGCCGAGCUCGAGAUUUCUGGACGGGUGAGGAGCCUGAGCCCCUCGUUAUGGACCCUCACCCACCUGACGGCGCUGCACAUCAACGACAACAACCUGAGCCGCAUCCCACCCGACAUCUCUAAUCUGUCCCACCUGGUGUUCCUGAACCUGUCGUCCAACAAGCUCCGCAGUCUGCCCGCUGAGCUGGGCAACAUGGUCUCUCUCAGGGAAUUGCUUUUGAACAACAAUCUUUUACGAGUUCUGCCUUAUGAACUCGGGAGGCUUUUCCAGUUACAAACCUUGGGGCUAAAAGGAAACCCUUUGUCCCAAGACAUCCUCAAUCUGUACCAGGAGUCGGACGGAACCAGGAAGCUUUUGAACUACAUGCUCGACAAUCUAGCAGUGCACCCAGAGCAGCUCCCACAAAGACCGUGGAUCACUCUGAAAGAGCGGGACCAGAUGAGCCCCUCAGCUGCGUUCACGGUCAUGUGCUACAACGUUCUGUGCGACAAGUAUGCCACCCGACAGCUGUACGGCUACUGUCCCUCCUGGGCCCUCAACUGGGAGUACCGGAAGAAAGGCAUCAUGGAGGAAAUCACCAGCUGCGACGCUGACAUCAUCAGCCUGCAGGAGGUGGAGACAGAGCAGUACUACACCAUGUUCCUGGAAACACUAAAGGAGCGCGGCUACGAUGGAUACUUCUGCCCAAAGUCUCGUGCCAAACUGGUUUCUGAACAGGAGCGGAAACACGUGGACGGCUGCGCUGUGUUCUAUAAGACCGAGAAGUUUACUUUGCUCCAGAAACACACUGUGGAGUUCAACCAGGUGGCCAUGGCCAACUCUGAGGGCUCCGAGGUCAUGCUGAACCGCGUGAUGACCAAAGACAACAUCGGGGUGGCCGUCCUGCUCGAGGUCAACAAGGACAUGUUCUCCGAUGGCGUGAAGGUGCCACAGGAGAGGCAGCUGAUCCUGGUGGCCAACGCCCACAUGCACUGGGACCCCGAGUACUCGGACGUCAAGUUGAUCCAAACCAUGAUGUUCCUGUCGGAGCUGAAGAGCAUCGCUGAAAGGGCUUCGAGCUCCAUGGCGACUGGCUCGCCCGCCUCCGACCCGUCCUCCAUCCCCAUCGUCCUGUGUGCUGACCUCAACUCGCUGCCCGACUCCGGUGUGGUGGAAUUCCUGAGCAACGGAGGAGUGGCCGACAACCACAAGGACUUCAAGGAGCUACGCUACAAUGAAUGUCUGACCAACUUCAACUGCAACGGCAAGAACGGCAACUCAGACGGAAGCAUCACACACAGCUUCCAGCUGAAGAGCGCCUACGACAGCAAUCUGAUGCCUUUCACCAACUACACAUAUGACUUUAAGGGCGUGAUCGACUACAUCUUCUUCUCAAAGACCCACAUGAGUGUCCUGGGCCUGAUGGGGCCUCUGGACAGCCAGUGGCUCGUCGACAACAGCAUCACCGGCUGCCCCCACCCCCACAUCCCCUCAGACCACUUCUCCCUGCUGGCCCAGCUGGAGCUGCACCCACCCCUGCCCCACCCGCUCACCCCCCUCAACGGGCUGCACCUGCCGGUCCACAGGUAGUGCAGCCUGAGAGAGCCUCCCCUUCAGAACACUGCCCCCUCCCCCUUCUGUACAGAUUACUGCUCAUGUUAAAACUCUGACACCAUCCGACCCGAGACACACUUUUAAAGGAGUGAAGUAUUUGCCCGUUUGUUGCUCCUCUUUGUGUUUUUGCACACUGUAAAUGUUGGUUUUAUCACAUGUUCUCCUCUUGGAAAGGCUUCAUACCAAAUGUUGGGCUUGGGAUGAGGUUGCUAUGGUAACCCCCAAUGUCAAUUGUUUUUUUUGCCUUAUAUAAUACCUGCUUGUAGAUUCUGCUCCAACAAGAACCCUUUAACUUAAACUACCCACUUUUUAAAGAAGUACUCAACAAAUGUCAACAGAUUUGACAUUUGACAGAAGUUUUUAGAGUAAAAACACAACAUAUUACUAAUGCUGCACCACACGUAUGAUGUGUGGAAGUCACAGUAUAUAGAACGAGAACCUGCGAUCACUCCUUAAUAAACUGACAUGUUUUUUAACGGAAAGAGAAACACUAUAAACUGAAAGUUGGAAAUGUUUACAAGGAGGUGAAAGCUUUGUUUACAGCAGCCGUUUUUGUAAACAGAGGUCUAUAUAUUUUUUAAUGUGAUCAGCAGAGAAAUGCCAAAAUACUUAUUUCAAUUAAAUGUGGAGAAAAUUAAAAUGUACAAUGUUAACAAGUACUGAUUGGACAUUUUUUAAGUACUAUGGUGCUAUGUGAAUGCAUCUUAGUUUCUACAUUCACUUUUAUGAUUUUAUUUCUUCAAUAAUACUUGAACCUCCCUUUUAUCAUUGCUAAAUAUUAUAGUCGCAGAGGUAUUAUUUGCAAACAGUGAGUUCCUUGCAGUAUGAUGAAGUAAUACAAUUUGUUCAGUCAAAGUUAGAGCUCACAUCCCAAAUAAUUAUAAACAUUGCAAACAAAUUAGCCCCCUACUCUUUAACAAAAAUUGUUUAAGACAUUAAAUAUAUUUAAACACAAUCCUGACCAACAAUAUACUUCAUUCAAACACUUACUGUCUUAAAAGAGUCCCAUAUCCCCUCACCUGACUGGCCAAAGAUUCCCCCUAAAAUGAGUGACUUAUGCUCUGUCCACAAAGAGAAACAUUUAUUUCAUUGUGCAAGAGAAAAAAAAAAAACUUCCUGAGAAGGAUCUUCCAAUUAUUCGUGACCGGGAGCUGAAUGUAUUUACCAGAAGCUCACCAUGAGAUUGGUUGUUGCCAGAUUCCUGUUGUGUUUCUGUCAGAUUAUUAGAACUACUAGCCCUUUUAUGUAAGUUGUAACUCAGGGCUAUGCUAUGCAUCCAACAUUACCUCUCAAACUGAACACUCAGAGUCCUGUCAUAAGAGCAAAACCAAACGGGAAGCUAUUGGUUUGAAAUAGUUUAUAAAGCACAGGUAAUAUAUGUACUUGCAUACAUAUAUGUUGUUGUUGUCAUAGACAUCUCACACUGCUGCUGCAUUUUCUCAAGUUUUAAAAAAUCAUAACUUGGGACAUUUUAAUUACAUAUCUGAGUUUUCACAAGGUGCAAAACAAAUUCAGAUAAAUAUGUUUUAUUGAAUGUGAGAUGAUGGGAUAAAGAUAGCAGGGUAGGACUGGGUAUCAAUACUGAUGCAGUAACUGAUUCUCAGUACCAAUACAACAAUUACUUCAAUAUUUGAAGUAAUUCCCAAAUGUUGAGUGUUGACUGGUGACAUGAGGUAAUUAACAGGGCAGCAAACAAAAACAAUCUUUCUUUUUCACUUUAUUUAAUUUCUUCCUGUACAAUUGGAGUAAGACGCUUUUGCAAUCUAAGCAGACAAGCACUUUGAUUGAGACAUGCAGCAGGUGGCAGCACAGGGACAUGCAGGGCCUUGUAUUAGACGAACACCAGCAGAAAAUGUUGGGACCAUUGAUCUCAACACAAUCAGACAAACCCUAAAUAAAACUCAAGUCUUUUGAUUUAAAUCAGCAAUAAUUUGACUAAAGAAUUGGUAAAAGUUAACAAAUCUGGUCAGACAUUUGGUGCCAGCUUUCAUUGAUUAAUAUGUCUCGAUAUCGAUUGGUACAAAAGGAAGUAUUGAGGUUUGAUACCCAGCCCUACCCAUGCAGAAAGACUCAUCUCACACCGAGGUGUCCUUUAAACAGUGAUGUUUUGAAAUGGAAUUAGUUAAAUAAGUCAAAAGAAUUGGCUCAUUUUGGGAUAAAUGAUGUAACCUCAGCUUUAUAGCGCAGACACAUGAGUUCACCCGGCGUGGACGGGCAGUGUCAGCUUUGCUUCAUUUGCACAUGAUUUGAUGCUCACGCUUAAGGAUACUCCUAUACUUGUGAGCAUUUUGAGGCCUAUACUUCACUCCUAAACUCAACUGACCUUUUCUGAUUUUGUACAACAGCUGUUCAUAAAUGAAAUUGCCUUUCAUUACGGGUGUCUUUCACAUCUGUUAAAGUAAUGUACCCUUCUCAGAUUAAGGGGCACACAAAUCAAAGAUGUACCUGGUGUUAAACUUUUUUUUUCUUUGCUCGGUGUACUCGUGUGAAUACCACCACCAUACUGUGGAGACAACACUGGUCUCUGUCAAACUUUGUUUUUAAACUACGGGCAUUUUUUGUCUCAAACAAACAUGCAGUCUCUCAAUUGGUACUUUGUACAACUCAGUAUUACCAAGUUUUUGAGGAAAAAAAGAUAAAUGUUCUAGGUUUUAAAAGCA